AUGGGGCAAUUACUGCAAGCCAGUAUAGAAAAAUAUGAAUUCGGUACUUUAUGUUCCAGAGAUGAAGAAGAUAAUGUGAUGCAGAAAGAGGAAGAAAAAGAGUCAGAUAAUUUGGAUGAUAUUGACAGUAAUGAAAAAUGGGGAAAUGAUGAUGAUAGUGGUUGGGAAAAUGUAGAAGAUAUCAAAGAAGAGAACAAAAAUAUAUGCAUGGAGUUGGUUGAAUAUGCAAUGAAAAAGUAUAAGUCAUAUAGAAGAAUUCCUGACUAUGUUAUUCAGGAAUUGAAUAAUAAAAAAUAG